GAGCAGGAGGAAGACAUUCACACCCAAGAACACCCAAAUCCUCUCACCAGCCCAACCCAGCCCAGCUCCAGACACCACCAUGAUCGACUCCUGUUGCGGCUCCGGCUUCUCCUCCCUGAGCUGUGGGGGAGGCUGCUACCGCGACCCCUGCUGCUGUCUCCCCGUGUCUUCCCAGACCACCGUGUGCCGCCCCGUGACCUGCGUGCCCCGCUGCACACGCCCCAUCUGCGAGCCCUGCCGGCGCCCCGUCUGCUGUGACCCAUGCUCCGGGCAGGACGGCUGCUGCUGCCCCAUCUUCUGCUGCCCCACGUCCUGCACGGCCGUGGUCUGCCGCCCCUGCUGCUGGGCCUCCACCUGCUGCCAGCCCAUCUCUGUGCAGGCCCCCUGCUGCCGCCCCCCCUGCUGCCAGCCUGCCGCCUGCCGCAGCACCUGCAGGACCUCUUGCUGCUGAGCAGUGCACUGACUGCCUAGAGCAAGUAAUCAACCUUCUGAAAAAGUCAUACUCCCAUUUAUCUACCUAAAAAACCUUCUGACCUGAGCCAUCAAGACCCCAAGUCAACCAGGAUUGAAUGGAGAUCCAGACGCAUCUUUGUAGCAGUAGCAACUUUCUUUUUCCCAUCUUAGACCUUUAAACUUGUAACAUGUUUAUUUUCUAAUAAACAAAUCU